UGGACGCAUGGACGCUCAACUAUUGGUUGUCCACAUUUGUUCAAGAGGUGGCAAAGUGUUCCAAAGAUCCAUACCCUUCGAAAACGUUGUACCAGAUUGUGUGGCAUUCGCCGAUUCAUGGUGGAAAACAACCCAGCUGUCCAUUUCAGUCCCUUGGACUCUUCAUACAAAAGGUGCAUGAAUUGGCGUUAUUGGAGAGGGGGGCCGUUUGAUAUGUUAAAACUUAAGGAAAUUGCAUUGAACUUUUCUCUUUUCCUCAUUAGAUUUACUAUCUGUAGACGAAUAUUGGAUGCAGAAAUGAAGGAUGGGACUCGAGCUGGCGUUGGUUUGAAAGUGAAACAAAAAGAAAAAGAGCCAGUCAGGUUGUAA